AUGGCGUGGACUAACUCAAACGAAACAACUCAUAUUCACCCAAGAACUCAUCAUCUCUUUCACUUAUCAUUCUAUUGGGGCAGAAAUACUCUCUUUCUUUUCCCAAAUUGGCCUGGAAAUAGCAGAGGAAUGUACGGUUUGGGUUUGAUUUUUGUCUUUGUUUUGGCUAUUCUUGUUGAGUUUUUCUCAAAUUUGAAGUUGGUUAAACCGGGUUCGAACCGGGCUGCAGCGGUUUUCUUCCAAGCUGGAGUACAAGCGGUUCGAGCCGGGUUUGCUUAUAUGGUUAUGCUUGCUGUUAUGUCUUACAAUGGUGGAGUUUUUCUUGCGGCAAUUUUGGGCCAUGCGGUUGGUUACGUUGUUUUUCGAAGCCCAAUUUUCAAUAAAGAUAUGGAUAGAUGA